AUGUGCUUCCCUGCCCAAUGCCCCAAGUGCUCCGGCCAGUCCUGGUCUGGAUGCGGUGCUCACGCUGAGCAAGUUAUGUCCCAGGUCCCCGCUGACAAGCAGUGCACCUGCCCCAAGGAGUCCGGCAAGACUGUUCCUCCGGGAGUUCCGAUGAAGAGGUAG